AUGGAGUUGGCUAAUUCCAAUGGCAAUUGCCCUAUCAUAGACACCGAAUCCCUUGUUUUGUGGAUGGCUUCCUCCGAAGUAGACCAGAAAGCCCUGGGCAACUUCGCGGCCUUGACAAGCCUGCAAUACCCCAUCCUAUCUGCAACGCUAUACAGGAUAUUAGGUUUAUCGGUUAUGCUCUCCAAAAAACUUCUUCGUGCACGACGGUUACGGCGCCUAGAUCCCACUCGAGAAACCAAGUCCCUUCAAUUGUAUCACCACAUCAUAUGGCUAUCCCGCGAGGGACUUCUAGUCCUGGAGGAAUUUGUCCUCCCCUUCAUCGAGGGAUUAAUGGAAUUGAAGAUCCUGGCAUACAAACUCCGGGCCUCGUUCUACCACAUAUUUGUCUUGUUUCACAAUCAGCCGGCAAUCCACUCUCCAGGAAUCGUGGACCUUCAGAAGAACCCUGGCGUGCGGAAUGGGACUUCUGAUCCAGAGUCGCCUACGAAAGAAACAAACCCGAGGUUUUCAUUCAAAUCGAAGAUAGAUAUAAUAUCCAUUUCCGAAACUUCUGCCCUGAAGAUGAAAGAUGCAGCUCACGACAAAGUUACGCGGGCUCCCCCUGGUCUAGCACCCGUCCAACCGCCUCGGUCAGCAUCCUCAUUUCUGCUGCCCGCUCUUGACUACAUACCCACGGCUACAGCAUGCUUUAAUCACGCCGCACUCUUAGCUGAGCGGUUUCUUCCUGGAUCUCACCCGUUGCGCCUCUCCAUCAAGCUCGAGUACGCCGCUUAUCUGUAUGAUUGCCUGCAUGAUUCGAAUGCCUGUCGACGACUGGCCAAGCAAGCCAUUGCCGACGUGUAUAACGCGCAAGAAGGCAUGGACGAUGAAAGCUUUGAGGAUGCCGCGGAGAUUGUGGGGAUCCUGGGGAAGAUGGUCAAACGGGGCGGCAAAACGAGCAGCGCAGGGAGUAGCACAACGCCAUCGGGGACACUCCGGGGCGAGAGUUCGCGAAGCGGUGAUAGUCGGACGCCGCCCGGUAAGAAGUCGGAGCGACAAAAGAGCAGCAGUGAAUUGCCUCCUGCCGUACCUGAUCCGAACAUGAUGAAUCCCAUUUGA